AUGAAUGUUAAACUUAUUGCAGGAGUUUUGAAGUUCAGUUAUGCGAAGGAGUUUAAGAUAACACGAAUGAGUCAUAGAGUUCAAUUGCUUCUGGGAGCAUACCAUAUGACAUUUCCUUUGAAAAGUAUUGACAAAACGAUUGAGAUGAAAUCUGUUCCAUACGUAUGUUAUGGCAAUUGUUUAUACAUUGAGUCAAAAAUAGCUAAUGUCACAGGUAUUUCAGGAGUUAAUAGUAAAGGUUCAGUAGAAUAUAAGUCUUUCUGUUAUGAAGUAAAUUCAAUGUUCAUUCCAAACGUUCCUGUCAUAGCAACUCAUUUAGGUAAAUGGGUUCGCAUUAGUCCUCAUAAUUUGAAAGACAUGCAAUUCAGACUAGUUGACUUUCAAGGAGAGCCUGUAGAACUGAAGGCACCAGUGCGAAUGACUGUUGAAGUAGACUUUUUAGAAAAUAUUAAAUGCAACAGCUUACAAGAGAACUCAGAGCUAAAAAUAUAA